GGGCUGCUCAACAGCCUCUGCCCUAAGUAUGAGCUUCCCCAGAAACCCUUCCCUGAUUCUGACAUGAAUUCUGAUGCUUGCUGAACCCCAGCUGCUGGCUUCCAGGAGCGGUACUAGGGAGCCCUGAGGAGUCGCUGCUCAGGAGCAGCCCACCCUUGCGUCCAUCAUGAACUGGAGCAUCUUUGAGGGGCUCCUAAGUGGGGUCAACAAGUACUCCACAGCCUUUGGUCGCAUCUGGCUGUCCCUGGUCUUCGUCUUCCGAGUGCUGGUGUACCUGGUGACAGUCGAGCGUGUGUGGGGUGAAGACCAGAAGGAUUUUGACUGCAACACCAGGCAACCAGGCUGUACUAACGUCUGCUUCGAUGAGUUCUUCCCUGUGUCUCAUGUGCGACUCUGGGCUUUGCAGCUCAUCCUGGUCACAUGCCCCUCCCUGCUUGUGGUCAUGCAUGUGGCCUAUCGCAAAGCUCGAGAGAAGAAGUACCAAGAAAAAGUAGGCAUGGGACACCUUUACCUGUACCCUGGCAAGAAGCGGGGUGGACUCUGGUGGACGUACGUCUGCAGCCUGCUGUUCAAGGCCAGCAUAGAUGUUAUUUUCCUCUACCUGUUCCACGCCUUCUACCCCAAAUAUACCCUCCCUUCUGUGGUAAAGUGCCAUGCAGCACCGUGUCCCAACACAGUGGACUGCUUCAUCUCGAAGCCCUCAGAGAAGAACAUCUUCAUCAUCUUCAUGCUGGUCACAGCCGUCAUCUGCAUCCUGCUUAACAUUGUGGAGUUGGCCUACCUGGUGAUAAAGCGGUGUUCUGAGUGUACGGCUUCAAAGCGAGCACUCGCUGCACACCCAGAGCACAACCCAAGCUGGGUCAGCUCUCCAGGCAAACAGAAGGACCUCCUAUCAGGUGACCUCAUCUUUCUGGGCUCAGACUCUCACCCACCGCUCUUACCAGACCGUCCCCGUGCCCAUGUGAAGAAAACCAUCCUAUAAAGGGUCCCUAGGUUGGACUGGCAGGGUGGGCAUGAACUGGAAGGUUCCAGUGUCUCUCAUGGGUGUAUCUGGUGGGGAGAAGAGCUGAGUUGGAGGCAGGUCAAAGGAUGGACUCCCACAGCUUGGGAUGCACCCGCCCCUCAGCUCUAGGCCACUUGUCCUGGCUGAGUGGCCUUCACUGAAUUACCCCUCUAUUUUGUACCUCAGUUUCCUUUUCUGUUAAAUAAACACACUGAGUGCCACUUAACUGGGCUUCACAAGGGGGAGGAGUUUCAUGAGGGCACAGAUGAACAAAUGCCUUCCACGUGUGUGGCCCAGGGUGAGAAAUUAAUAAAGAUAAAUGUGUUCACA